UUGUAUUGUAUUUCAGAAUGCGAUGCGAACUGUGGCAAAGAUGGUACCAAGUGUGUGCGUACAGGUACCGCUGAUGAGCAAGCGUGCAUAAAGCCGUCGACACCGUCUACAACCUCUACAACCACUACUGAAUCAUCAACAUCAACCUCAAUUUCAAAUAAAACGUCACCGGCUAGCGCAACAUCUGACACUAGCAAAACAAACCCUGACCUUGUGGUACUUGGAAAUACCACGAAAACUGGCCUUAUUUCGUCAGGGAUCACCAUGAAAGCGAAUUCUACGGUACCUGAGGUUACUACUACGGUACCUGAGGUUACUACUACGGUACCUGAGGUUACUACUGCGGUACCUGAGGUUACUACUGCGGUACCUGAGAUUACUACGGUACCCGAAGUUACCACGAAACCGAGCACUACUUCAUCAGGUAAGCCGAAAGAGAUAUAA